AUGCUGUCGACAGAACGAACUCCCAGACCUCAUCCCUUUCGGCACCUGCACCGACCUAUUUUUUCAAACUACGGCACCUCCGCACGCGUCAUGCAAAACAGUGCCGACCACCUCGAACACAUCUGGAUCAUUACCGGUCCUGCAGGAUGUGGGAAGACGACGGUCGCACAGCACCUUGCUGCCGAGUUGUCGCUACCCUACAUCGAGGGUGAUGAUUAUCAUCCCUUAGCCAACAAGCAAAAAAUGGCCUCCGGAAUUCCCCUUACGGAUGCCGACCGCUGGGAUUGGCUGAUCACCCUCCGAGAAGAAGCAGUCAAGAAGCUCCAAACGUCCAACUCGGUUAUCGUCACAUGCUCGGCUCUUAAGCGCAAAUAUCGCGACGUCAUGCGAGUCGCCAACUACGAACACCCUUCCGUCCAAGUCCAUUUUAUCUACCUCAAGGUCGAUGAAGCAACGCUGCAAGCGAGAGUGGCUGCGCGAGUGGGCCACUAUAUGAAAGAAGGAAUGGUGCACAGCCAGAUGGCCACGUUGGAAGAGCCAGAGGAAGAACUUGAAUGGGAUGUCAUGCAAGUGGAUGUGAGGGAAGACAAGGAAUUAGUCAAGCGACAUGCACUCGAGCUGGUGCAGCGCAAGCUGAGAGAGUAUAACGAGCUGGCGGUGCAGCAACAAGUCUAG